AUGGCACAAAUUCCUCCCCGAAUCAUCACAGAUUGCGGGAAAAGUCUUUUUUACACACCAAUUAGUCUCACGGACUUAUUGGUGUCAGUUUCUGAUAUUGUGACAGCGUUGGACGGUAGAAAUUUUCAUUUAAGUAAAAAACACCCGUUUAGCCGACCAGCUGCGACCAAGCGCUUCAAAAAACGACAUUUUUGGGGAGUUUUGAGAGGAAUUUUUGACAUCUAUUCUCUGAAAAUUUUUUAUAGACUAAAUGUUUUCUGA